AAAUGAGAAAGAAACUUAAAGAACAGAUGUCUGAAUCUACCUCCACUGUUCAAAGGCAUGAAGUUGCAUUGAAUAAUGAAGUGGGCAAAAAGAAGAAAAAGAAGAAAGAGCGAGCAGUUUUAAGUGAAGCUGAAACAAGUGCAAUGUCCCUUUCUGAGCUGCGGCAUCAUCCAAAAGAAGGUGGCAAUGAAAAUCAGUCACCUGAAAGGCUAUUUACCUCAGAAGGACAGAAACUGGAGGAAAGCAUGGAUAAACAGAAAUCUAAAGCCAAGAAGGUUAAGAAGAAAACCAGAAAAGAAGAAACCAUGGAAGUUGCUGCAGAAAAUGAUGAGGAAAUGAAGAAUUCAGAAAUUUCAACUCAGUCUAAAUUUGGUUUUGGCGAUGAUCUUGUUUUGGGAGUUUAUAUCCAUCGAUCGGAUAGACUUAAAAUUGAUCACUUGGUAUCUCAUCCUGUGGUUAAAAUCCAUAUUGUUGAUCAGAGAAGUGGCUUAUAUGUGAAGAAGGAUUACAG